AUGAGUUUCGGAAGUCCAGGCGGUGCUGCGAUCAAUUAUAAGCCUACCCCGCCUGAGCGCGGUAGCUUCCCUCUUGAUCACGAUGGAGAGUGCAAACACCUCAUUGGCGACUAUCUGAAGUGCUUGAAGUCCCGAAAAGGCGUCAACGAUGAAGAGUGUCGCAAGUUGGCCAAGGGAUACUUGAGUUGUCGGAUGGAGAAGAAUCUAAUGGCUCCCGACGAGUUCAAGAAUCUUGGGCUGGAGUUUGAAUCAGACAGGCAAGGAACCGCAGCAUCAUCGAAAGGGCCCGAAGGGAACGAGACCAAGUCGCAGGGCUACAAUUGCAAUUGUAUCUCAAGCUCUGCAAGCUCAACGCGGGGAAGCUGCGCUAGCUUAUCUGGACCUGCAGGUUCCAGCCGCUUAGUAGCACCUUCCUCUCCGCAUAUUUUGACCAUCGUAGAAUUCUCCGGAUACCAUGCUCAUCUCACUUCAAUGUCUUCGGUCGCACGCCCUCCGGAGCCUUGUCUCGUCGCCAUCAUCCUGAUCGUCAGUUCUCGCGCGGGGCCCAGAUUCGUUUUCCACUACCCGCCCAACCCGCUCAGCGAAAAUGCCGUCGGGGCCAACGCCCGACGUGCAACGAGAAGCACCGACUCCGCUUCGAGCGAAGAGAGCGAAUCCAGUUCUGACGAAGACGACGAACCAGUCAAUCUCGCAGGUGGUGUGACUGGAGGACGGCAGAACAACUCGGGCAAUGAGGAUAACGUCUCCGGAACGACAUCGUCAGUGGGCGGAGAGUCACAGCGGCCACCGUCCCUGAGUUCCGGCCGGACAAAGAAACGGGGAGGUAAUUCUGACCCGGAAGACAGUCCGGGUUUGACUGCCAACGGACAUGGGAAUGGCUCCGCAGGGAAUUCUCGUCCGUCCUGGGACUCGGUCUUUGGGCUGCCCUCCGACGUCUGGGAGAAACUGCUCAGUCCGACGCGCGCCUGGCAUAAAAGGCGCUUCGAGGUCGGCAUCAACGACCUGGCUUUUGUCGGCUGGCCCGUGUUUGUGCGUGAUGAUGGCACUUGGAGGAAACAAAAGAAGAGGAGAAAGAAGAAACCAAGGGAAUGGGAAGGAAGCGAGCUUGGACACGAAGAACGCCUUGGAGAUAGCCAGGGCGACGAUGCGGAGGCCGCUCAGGACGAUGACGACUACGAGAAUGUUUCAGGGGCCAGGUUAGGAGCGCCUGGUGAUGGGAAAUCAAAUGGCGAUGUUGGAGCCGGUGCGAACAGAGGGCCAAGUGAACCUUCUGAUACCGACAAGGACUCCAUGACGAUGUUCAAUGUUGUCUUUGUGCUGGAUCCCCCGAUUCUCGAAUACUCAAUAAAUAUCAGAGAAAUGUACGAAAACGUGAUCAAAAAGUUUGGCAAGGCCUUGAAAUGGGAGCAAGCCCGUACAGAUUACGUAUGGAAGGAAGCCCAGAAUAUCUUACAGAUCAAGGAGAAAGCACGAGAGAAAGAGAUGUCUGUCCAUAGUCUCUACUCGGAGCUUAUUGCGAAUUCGUCUCUCGCCAGAGCUAUCUACACGAUUUUCACAAGCAUAUCGGCCUCCAAAAUUGCCUCUGUCUCGCUCAGUCCGGAAGUGUCUAUUUCUCUUCAAAUCCCCCCGCUGACCUCGAUAUCGCACCUACCAUCCCCUACGGAGCCUUCGUAUCCAGGCCUUUGGCUCACGACAGCGGACAAUCUCAGUCCAGCGGAUGAUGCAGCAGCCAGCGGGUUAGAAACUCCCAAUCAAGUCUUGGCUAAGCACUUUGGUUUGCUCCUGUUGGACAACGAAGCGACAAUUUUGAAAGACGUGGAAGCCUCUGGCGGUGCCCUGGGUCCUGCUCUCGCACACUACAUUCGCUGUACGAAGCCCAAUAAAUCUUUUGCUCAGAUUUCUGCCAUUUCAGGUAUUUCACUCUCCAAUAUCCAGCUGCUGGCCAGCCAUCUGGUAUAUUGGAGACGUGCCCGCGUGAUACCUCCGCUACACCAACGCGAUACGUACAUUGUAUCGCCAAACUGCGAUCUCAGCAAGCUGUCUGCGGCGACAGAAGCCUACGCAGCAGCGUUCCCCACGCUUCCGAGUCUGCCAAAGAUGCUAUCUGCGCUAAGUGGUACUCCGCGCCCGUAUGCGAGUUUCAUCCCCAGUAAGGAGCACAAAGAGACGUAUUUUGCCGUCCUUGCGUGGCUUCUGAGAGGCGGAUGGGUGACCCAGCUUCGCACGUUUGCGAGGGUCAAGGUGACUCCAGAAAUUAAAAUUGCGGUGGAACAGGCUCUGCGAAGAGAGCAGAUGGAGAAGUACAUCUCGUCUGGUAGACCAAUGUCGUCUUCAUCAAACGAGGGACGAGAAGAGAGGGACGACGAUGGCGACGAUGGGAGCUCGUCUUCUUCGUCCUUGGGCAGCCAGGGAAGUGACCAGCUCACGCCGAUCCCUGGCCGUCGCGAUUCCGACGAUCAAUACCAUCUGUCGGAUUCUUACAUGGACCGGAACUCUCAUCUCAACAUGUCGUCUCUCAUUCUAUUUCCGCAUCGCGCUUCGCCCCUGGAGUCCCGAUGGCUGGAUGAGAUUAUGUCGCGCUUCCCCGAUCGACCAGGGUCAGAAACCGGCAAAACCUCGGAAUCUGCUCAUAGCGGUCCUGGAAACGAGGCCGAAGACUCUGGCCUCCACGAUUCACUGAAGAAGUACUGGCCAAAAUUCGUCAAGUACUUCAAUGGACACGAUGCGCUCGAAAAGAUCGCGGUCCGCGAGGGCUUGAAGCGCAAGGUUGUCUGGCAGGUCCUCAUGCGAAUGGGGCUGGGGAAAACUGUCGGGAUGGAGUUGGACCCGAGAGAACAGGUGCUGGUGACCGUAAGGCAUUGGUAA